AUGACUACUUGUAUUCACUCUUUUUGUAAAGCUCCCACCUUUGUUUUUCCUUCUACUUUUUUGGGCUCCUCUUCAUUUUUCUCGAAAACCCACCACGCAAAACCAUUUGGGAAGAACAACGAUUCUCAUAUUCUGGGAGAAAGAGGGCUGUUGUGCAAGAAAAUUAGAAGAGGGACUACUUGUGGAGCAUUUCUUCCAGUUGAUCCAUGGGCCCCCACCAUUGAUUCACAGAGUAUAGCUUCACAGUUGUUUGCAGUUUCUCUGUUCCCUUACAUUGGUUUUCUUUACUUCCUCACCAAAUCUAAGUCCGCCCCAAAGCUCACUUUGUUUGGAUUCUACUUCCUGCUCACCUUUGUUGGGGCUACUAUUCCUGCUGGAAUAUAUGCAAAGGUGCACUAUGGAACUUCUUUGUCUAAUGUGGACUGGUUACAUGGUGGAGCUGAGUCUCUUCUAACUCUAACCAAUAUAUUCAUUGUGAUCGGGUUAAGAGAAGCUCUAAGGAAAGCUAAAGAUGCACAAGGAGAUACACUGAGUACUGUAUCAAGGUUAAAAGAGGAGAAGAAAACUUAACUUUAGGUGGUGUUAAUUCUUGUCAUGCUUUUUUCAAGCUGGGUGCUUCAAGUAGUGGCUUAUGUUUGGAUUUGGAUGAAACCAUUGCAAGAAUUGGGGUGGGUGGGGAUGUCAAAUUGUAGAAGCUUGUAUGUUGUUCUUUGUUAUUUGAGUUAGUUAAUAUGUAUAUUUAACUAUCUUUAGAAGAGUUUUGGAGUCUCAUCCAAUCUCAUGUGUGCUGUAAAAUGAUUUCAGGUGUAUAUAUACACGUUGAAUUGAUCUCUGAAAUAGUGCCUUGUUCUGGUACUUUCUAGGAUUUGUUUGAAUGAUAAAGUUAAUAAAAGGUCCUUAUGGUAUGAAUGUUUCUUUA